AUGGAGAGCGCUAUUGGCCUAGUUGGAGGCAGUUUUGGACAGCCCGCUCUACCUCUCGGGAAAGUGGAAAUUCCUGAAGGCAUUUUACUUCAGAUUUCUUGUGGAGAUCUAAACAUGAAUGCAGAGGCUCUGGUGAACUCCAUCUUUGUUUCUUUCUUUCUGAUUUUGCUGUUAGUCAUUGAAGAAAGUUUACUACAAUCACUGGGGCAGGUGGGAGGAAAAUGUAAACUCUCCAGCGAUGCUUCGCAGAGAAGAUGCCGGACUUCCGAUGGCCUGAUUUGCAGCGGGAGGGGAGAAUGUGUGUGCGGGGUCUGUAUUUGCCGAGUCAGUGAGCCGGGGAUGUACUACGGACCACGAUGUGAAUGCCAUGACUGGGUUUGUGCAACAUAUGACGGGAAGGCCUGUGGUGGUCAUGGAACAUGUGACUGUGGUAAGUGUGAGUGUGAUGAUGACUGGUUUGGAGAAGCCUGUCAGUACCAGGAAAACUGCAAGCUCUCUAAGCGGGAAAGCAAAGACCUUUGCCGCAAUGCUCAGGGAGUGGUGUGCUCCAAUGCAGGAACGUGUCAUUGCGGCAGCUGCAUUUGCCACAAUCCCAAUGACAAAGGUCUCAUCAGUGGCCACUACUGUGAGUGUGACGACAGCCAGUGCAUAGAUGAGGAUUCAGGGGAGGUUUGUGGAGGCCAUGGAAUGUGUUACUGUGGAAACUGUUACUGCUCGGCUGGUUGGCAUGGAGAUAAAUGUGAAUUCCAGUGUGACAUCAGCCCAUGGGAAAGCAAGCAGAGAUGCACGUCUCCAGAUGGCAAGAUCUGCAGUAACCGAGGGACAUGUGUAUGUGGAGAAUGUACCUGCUAUGAUGUAGAUCCAUCAGGGGACUGGGGUGACAUCCAUGGAGACACUUGCGAGUGUGAUGAGAGGAGCUGCCAUGCCACGUAUGACAGAUACUCCGACGAGUUCUGCUCUGGCCACGGACAGUGUCAGUGCGGAAGGUGUGACUGCAAAGAGGGCUGGACAGGCAAGAAGUGUGAGCAUCCUCUCUCCUGUUCACUCUCUGUGGAAGCCAGUCUGAGGAAAUGCAGAGGGACUUCCAACCUGCCCUGUCAUGGCAGAGGCCAGUGUGCAUGUGGACAGUGCACGUGCCAUCCACCAGGAGACAGCCGUGUUCAUGGCAAAAACUGCGAGUGUGAUGAUCGGCAGUGUGAAGACGUGAACAAAGACAUCUGCGGUGGGCAUGGCUUUUGCUCGUGUGGCCGCUGUAUUUGCAGUGAUGGAUGGUUUGGAAAGCACUGCCAGUUCCCCCGUAGCUGCAACAUGACUGACGAACAGAGCAAGAACUUGUGUGAGACAGCCCACGGUGUCAUGUGCUCCGGAAAAGGCUCUUGCCACUGCGGGAGGUGCAUCUGCUCGCCACAGGAAUGGUACAUUUCAGGCGAUUUCUGUGAAUGUGAUGACAGGGAGUGUGACCAACAUGAUGGUUUGAUCUGUACAGGAAAUGGCAUGUGCAACUGCGGAACCUGCGAGUGCUGGGACGGCUGGACAGGGAACGCCUGUGAAAUCUGGGUGGGAGAAGAGUACUAACAUCUUCCAAAGACUGUUUGUUUGUCAGAAAAGUGCUGCUCAAUAUUACUUAUUCAAUGUUAGCUGGGAAGAAACCUUGCUUCACGUAUAUAACAGUAUUCAUUGUACUGGUUACAAAUCUCCUUUAUUAAAACAAGUUUUCCUUUUUUAUUCAAUUCAAACAAAUAAGAGCAAGAGACAUUUGUCUAAAGACACGUUACCUUGUAAUUCUUUUUUUUUUUGUAUUACAACUAUAUGUUACGAAAUGUGUUUAUAUAUAUAUAUAUAUAUAUAUAUAUAUAUAUAUAUAUAUAUAUAUA